AUUGUCUUUACAGCAGGUGGAGAGCAGUUGUGUUAUUAAUCUCCAGUCGAGUCAUCAUGAGGACCAGUCACAUCCUUCUGCUUUGCAUCUUGGGAGCCGUGCUGCUUCCUUCAGUGAUCUGCAGCAGUGCAAUCGGUCCUGAUGACUGCUGCUUCAAAUUCUACCCGAGAAGAGUGAUGAAAAACUUAAUCAAGUCAUAUUAUCUGUCGGAUCACCGCUGCUCGAAGGCUGCAGUCAUUCUGGUUACACAAAAGUCUCGUCGCAUCUGUGCAGAUCCGUCUCUCACCUGGGUCGACGGCAUCAUGAAAUAUUUGGAUGAGAAGUCCUUUUAAGCCAACUGCCCGCCCUUUAAAGUCACUGCGACUUUUGUUGCUUUAUCACAUACUAUGAAAUGCAUGCUGCAAUGUGGCUUAUGAUUCUGAUAUCAUGUGCAAAAUCUGUCUCAGUAAUUAAAGGUUUAAUCUUUCUCUUUUCUUGUAAUUUCUUUUGAAUGCUUUGUAUUAUCCACAAUAUCAUACAGUAAAAAAUCAGUUUAAAAACUUU